UGCAAAGUUGCUGAAUAAUAAUACUUAUAAUACAGAUAAAAUGAAUCAUUUAGAUACUCUAUUAUUGGCAUUUGGCAACCAAAUAAGAAUCAUAUUUUCUACAAAAAUAUUUUAUCCUUUCUAGAUGUGUAUAUAUUUUACCAUAUAUACUAGAAGUUGGAGCUCAACAGCCAUUAUUAUCACAUAAAUAUAUAAACUCAGGCAGAUGAAAGAAUCAAGGGAAACGACUACUUUAUUAUGGGUUAUGUGUUAAUUAAUCAAUCAUCUAGUGAACGAAGGCAUAAAAUUGAAUUGUACUAAGCUAGUAGUUUUAUUACAAGAAGAGUCAUGGAGGAGGGAAAGAUUAUUGAUGAGGGUAGCCCAAUUAUGGGAGAGAUUACGACGAUGGAGGCCAUGAAGAAUGAUAAUUAUUCAUCAUCAACAACAAAACCUUUAGAUUUUGCAAGAAUUUUGACGAGUUUAUUGGUAUUUUCGACGCUUGGAAUUGCAUUUUUGGUCUUGUAUUACUCUUCAAAUGAAAAAAAUGGGCAGUUUGUUCCAAGUUUGGGGCGCUUAUCUUCUUCUUUCUACGGUGACAAUAAUGGCACGGUCAAAGACGAGUAUUAUGAGUUAAGGAAGGUUCUAGAGGCGGCUUCAACAAAGGAGAAAACAGUGAUAUUGACAACUUUGAAUGAUGCAUGGGCAGAACCAAACUCCAUAUUUGAUCUUUUCUUAGAGAGUUUUAGAAUUGGAAAUAAUAUAGCCUAUCUUCUCAAUCAUUUGGUUGUUAUAGCAGUCGACGAGAAGGCGUAUUUUCGAUGCCAUGAGUUGGGGUUCCAUUGUUACUAUCUCAAGACUAACAAAUCAUCUUUAAUGGCUCAUGAAGCUAGGUUUAUGACCCCUAUCUAUUUGGAUAUGAUGUGGGGAAGACUCGCUUUCUUGCGAACUAUUUUAAGCUUGGGUUACAACUUUGUUUUUACGGAUACCGACGUUAUGUGGUUUAGAGAUCCAUUACCACAUUUUACACCUUAUUCAGACUUUCAAACCUCGUGUGAUCACUUUAAUGGCGACGAAUUCGACUUAAACAAUGCUCCCAACAAUGGAUUUGUUUUCGUAAGGUCUAACAAUCGUACCAUCAAAUUCUACGAUUUUUGGGUAUCCUCGAGACACACGUACCCUCGUUUGCAUGAACAGGAUGUUUUUAACAAGAUAAAAAGUGGUGAUUUUGUAAGGCAACUAGGAUUAAAACUAAGGUUCAUGGAUACAACUUAUUUUGGUGGGUUUUGCGAAAGAAGUAGAGAUUUUAAUAAGGUUUGCACAAUGCAUUCUAAUUGUUGCAUUGGAUUAGAUAACAAAAUAGCUGACCUUAAUACUAUACUUAAGGUUUGGAAGAAUUAUUUGUCCAAUAAUCAUAUGACACUUCAACCUUCUAAUUGGCGGGUCCCACAUAAAUGUCAUAUGUGAAGUAUUUCCAUGUUGACUAAUUGGAUUUUUUUUUAUAGCCUUGAAUUUGAUUAUAGGUUCGUGUACAUGUUUUUCUUUUCUUCCUUCAGCUGAGUGAAGUGAGUUGUUAUUGUAUCAAUUAUAAAUUUUUUUUACUUCUUGAAUCUUACAAUUGUAACAAAAUGAUAGAUAAGUUGUAGUUAUAAAAUUAUAGUUGUUCAAAGUUAACUAUGAUGAUAUCAAAAAUAUUAUGUCAUU